AAUCUCCCCCACCCAACCUUGCACAUAACGCUCGUGCUCGCAAACAAGAGCGUGAGUUCGAGGCCUGACGGCCCCUUUUGCAUGUUGCAUGCCGUAGCUCCUCCUCCUCCUCCUUCCCUAGUGUAGUCCUCCUUCCCCUUUCUUUCCCCAUCAUAUCCUCCCAAAGCUAUCAUCCUCGCCAUUGCAACUACAGCCGAGCUCAGGGAAAGAGAUCGGCAGGGCGGCGAUCGAUCCAUCUCGGAGAAACACAGCAGUCGGGAUCGGGCCGAAGCGUCUCGCGGCGGGGGGAGUCGCGGGGGUGCAUGAGCUCUGAAGCCGCGGGCGACCAGCACAACAGCAACAGCGACGCCGCGAUGCCGACCCCAUCCUCCAACAACUCCCCGGCGGCUUCCUCGCCCUUCUCCAACGACGGCGGAGGAGGGGCGCCCGCGUCGCCGAACCGCGUGGAGCGCAUGCUCCGGGAGCGCGGCCACCGGCACCUGUUCUCGACGGGCGGCGCGUCCUCCCCCGACGCCAUGGACACGGACGCCGCGGAGCCCGCCGCCGCCUCCUUCGCGGACUUCGGCGCCGCCCGCUCGCCCGACGCCGCCGAGCCCGCCAACAUGGACGAUGCCGGCGGCGGCGGCGCGCCUGGAGGACACGCCGCGCGGCCGCCGCUCGCGGGCCCCCGCAGCGGGUUCCGCCGCCUCGGCCUCCGCGGCAUGAAGCAGCGCCUGCUCGUCGUCGCCAACCGCCUCCCCGUCUCCGCCAAUCGCCGCGGCGAGGACCAGUGGUCCCUGGAGAUCAGCGCCGGUGGCCUCGUCAGCGCCCUACUAGGAGUGAAGGAUGUCGACGCGAAGUGGAUCGGCUGGGCGGGUGUGAAUGUCCCCGACGAGGUCGGCCAGCGGGCUCUCACCAAAGCACUCGCCGAGAAGAGGUGCAUACCAGUCUUCCUGGAUGAGGAAAUUGUGCACCAGUACUACAAUGGGUACUGCAACAACAUACUGUGGCCGCUGUUCCACUACCUCGGGCUGCCACAGGAGGACAGAUUGGCAACAACAAGGAACUUCGAGUCACAGUUUGAUGCCUACAAGCGAGCAAACCAGAUGUUCGCAGACGUUGUGUACCAGCACUACAAGGAAGGGGAUGUGAUCUGGUGCCAUGACUACCACCUCAUGUUCCUGCCCAAGUGCCUCAAAGACCAUGAUAUCAACAUGAAGGUUGGGUGGUUCCUCCACACACCAUUCCCUUCAUCAGAAAUUUACCGAACGCUUCCAUCGCGCUCAGAGUUGCUUCGGUCUGUACUCUGUGCUGAUUUAGUCGGUUUUCAUACGUACGACUAUGCAAGGCAUUUUGUUAGCGCAUGUACCAGAAUACUCGGACUUGAGGGUACCCCUGAGGGCGUGGAAGAUCAGGGAAAGCUAACAAGGGUUGCAGCGUUUCCUAUUGGGAUAGACUCUGAUCGUUUCAAAAGAGCAUUGGAGAUUCCAGGAGUAAAAAGGCACAUCAGUGAAUUGACGCAGCGAUUCGCCGGACGGAAGGUAAUGCUUGGUGUUGACCGACUUGAUAUGAUCAAAGGAAUUCCUCAGAAGAUUUUGGCAUUUGAGAAGUUUCUUGAGGAAAACCCUGACUGGAAUGAUAAAGUUGUUCUACUUCAAAUUGCUGUGCCAACAAGAACUGAUGUCCCUGAGUAUCAGAAGCUUACAAGCCAGGUGCACGAAAUUGUUGGGCGCAUAAAUGGCCGAUUUGGAACAUUGACUGCUGUCCCUAUUCAUCAUCUGGAUCGAUCUCUUGAUUUCCAUGCCUUGUGUGCUCUUUACGCUGUCACCGAUGUGGCUCUUGUAACAUCACUGAGAGACGGCAUGAAUCUUGUAAGCUACGAAUAUGUUGCAUGCCAGGGAUCAAAGAAAGGUGUUCUAAUAUUGAGUGAGUUUGCUGGGGCAGCACAAUCUCUUGGUGCUGGUGCCAUCCUAGUAAACCCCUGGAAUAUUACAGAAGUCGCAGACUCAAUAAAUCAUGCUUUGACAAUGACAUCUGAUGAGAGAGAGAAGCGACACAGGCAUAACUACGCUCACGUGACAACCCAUACCGCCCAAGAUUGGGCUGAAACUUUUGUAUGUGAGCUAAAUGAUACCGUUGCUGAAGCUCAGAUGAGAACAAGACAAGUUCCUCCCGUUCUUCCUAGUCGAACAGCAAUCCAGCAAUAUCUGCAUUCCAGAAAUCGUCUGCUGAUACUGGGUUUUAAUUCAACAUUGACUGAGCCAGUUGAAUCCUCUGGGAGAAGGGGUGGUGACCAAAUUAAGGAGAUGGAACUCAAGUUGCAUCCCGACUUAAAGGGUCCUUUGAGAGCCCUCUGUGAGGAUGAGCAUACUACAGUUAUCGUUCUCAGUGGAAGCGACAGGAGUGUUCUUGAUGAAAAUUUUGGAGAAUUUAACCUGUGGUUGGCAGCAGAGCAUGGAAUGUUUUUACGGCCAACUGAUGGAGAGUGGAUGACAACAAUGCCUGAGCAUCUAAACAUGGAUUGGGUCGACAGUGUAAAGCAUGUUUUUGAAUACUUCACGGAAAGAACACCAAGAUCUCAUUUUGAACACCGUGAGACAUCAUUUGUAUGGAAUUACAAGUAUGCCGAUGUUGAGUUUGGAAGGCUCCAAGCAAGAGAUAUGCUGCAGCACUUGUGGACAGGUCCAAUCUCAAAUGCAGCUGUUGAUGUUGUUCAAGGGAGCCGGUCAGUUGAAGUUCGGUCUGUUGGAGUUACGAAGGGUGCUGCAAUUGAUCGUAUUUUGGGAGAGAUAGUUCAUAGCAAAAGCAUGGUUACUCCAAUUGACUAUGUACUAUGCAUAGGGCACUUCCUCGGAAAGGACGAGGACAUCUAUGUAUUUUUUGACCCUGAAUACCCUUCCGAAUCCAAAGUAAAACCAGACGGCGCAUCAGUCUCUGUUGACAGGAGGCAGAACGGACGACCAUCAAAUGGCCGGAGCAAUUCCAGAAACUCGCAGUCAAGGACACAGAAAUCACAGGUCGCACCGGAGAGGUCGUCUUCUUCCAGCCAUGGCACCACCGGAAACAACCACCACGACUGGCGUGAAGGGUCUUCGGUCCUCGACCUGAAUGGUGACAACUAUUUCUCUUGUGCCGUUGGAAGGAAGCGUUCCAACGCCCGUUACCUGCUGAACUCAUCUGAAGACGUCGUCUCCUUCCUCAAAGAGAUGGCAGAAUCGACCACCCCUCGCGCUGGCUUCCAGUCCAGCGCUGCCGAUUACAUGUUCUUGGAUAGGCAGUAGAUAAAUUUCUCUACUAAUCACAGGGCUUCGUCAGAGAAGAGUUAACCCUCCAAAUAACAUUGUUUCCUAUAUGCGCGCCAGAGUUAUCACCGUAGCUGGUCGGCGUGGUGUACAAUCCUGUACAAAAUAUAAUCUCAUGGUAAAACUGCGGGAUGGCCGCAAAUGGAAAGAGGGGAAGGGUUCAGAGAAACGGGAAUUCCUCUGAACUGGUGGGUUUUUUUGGACGCAUAUUAGAAGAGUUCAUGCUCUGUAAGAUCCAAAGAGUUAGUCUUAUGUGAAAUGAUUGAUAUUUUAUUAUGAUGAUUACAUCGUGGCAUUGACUGUUAA